GUUUACUCCCAACGCAUACACUAUUGCUGGCGGUCAUCAUGACAGGCUCAAUCAUGGGAUCAAUCCUUGAGAUUGCAUUUACCAUUUUGCAACAGCUAGUACUACUACCUUUGACCCUGCUUUCAUUCUUCACCAAUCAAAACAGCAAGAAUGAAGAAAGUUAUUCUUCUUUCGAUCAUUUAGCCCUAAACGUAAAACGUCCACAAACAGAAUGGUUGAACAUGGGAGAUUGGACAGACGUUCAAGAUGAUUUACCGAUGGCAUGCAGACAAUUAUGUGAAAGGCUAUACUCAGAAGCGGACAUUCGACCUGGAGCAAAGAUUCUUGAUGUCGGACAUGGUUGUGGUGAUUCGUUGUUGUUGUUGAUGCAAAGGUAUAGACCAAGAAUUUUACAUGGCGUCACGUCUUUACCUUCUCAUGCACAAAGAGCCAGGAAAAGAGUGCAAGAUGCACAGCGAUCAACAAACGGCAAAGCUCAAGAGAUGGAAGUGGAAGUGCAUUGUGAUGAUGCUGUAGCACAUGUAGAAAGAUUGGCAGAAUUAGCACAAAAGAAGCAAACCAAUGGCAAAACUAGCUCUCGCUUACAACCUCUUGAUGGAACAGAAGGAGAAGAAAAAUAUGAUUUCAUCUUUGCACUCGAUUGUGCUUAUCACUUCAAAACCCGUCAAAGGUUCAUCAAUGCUUGUCAUUCUCUCUUGAAGCCUGGAGGCACGUUAGCUCUUGUGGAUCUGAUCGCUACGCACCCAUACCCUCUCUUGUCACCGCAAUCGUACAAUAAAACCACAAGUGAAGCCCGAUUUAGUCCAAGUCCAUCAAUCAAACCACCAAAAGUCACAAAACCAUCUCUUUUGGAUUCCAUAAAGCAUUCUUUCGUUCUACGCAUGGUCAAAGUACCUUCCGUUAACCUCAUUUCGGCAAAUACUUAUCUUGCCCAAUUGGAUCAAGCCAAAUACGAUGAUGUUCUCAUUCAAGAUAUUUCACAUGCCAUGUUCCCAAACUUUGCCAGAUUUCUCAAACGUCUAGGACAAGGUGAAGAACAGGCAUGGCGUGGUGGCGGUAACUUACAAUUAACCGCUUUGCGUGCUUUCGGUCAUGUUGUCGAGGGUUGGGCAGAAGGUGGAGAUCAUGGAAUGGUACGAAGUGUGAUUGUUGUAGCAAAGAAGGAGUAAAGCUGAUGUGAUAUAUUGAAUACAAUCUACUGUACAAUACAAAGUCAUUAAAAAAGUCGUCA